AUGAUGUUCUCAGCGAUCCGAUCAGUAGUUUCUGCUACAUGCAGUCGGACAUUGUAUGUGCGGCCUGCAGAUAGCUUUCUGUUGGGUGUUACUCGCAGAUGCAAAUCUGAUGGUGUUAAAGGGACAGUUAUUGGUAUCGACCUUGGAACAACUAAUUCAUGUGUUGCAGUUAUGGAAGGGAAACAAGCUAAAGUGAUUGAAAACGCGGAAGGUAUAAGGACGACGCCAUCAGUGAUUGCAUUUACCAAAGACGGAGAAAGAUUAGUUGGCGCACCAGCAAAGCGACAAGCAGUUACAAAUUCACAGAAUACACUUUAUGCUACCAAACGAUUAAUUGGACGGCGUUUCGAUGAUCCGGAAGUGCAAAAAGAUGUGAAAGUGGUUCCAUUUAAAAUUGUUCGCGCAUCUAAUGGUGAUGCUUGGGUUGAAGCACAAGGCAAAAUGUAUUCUCCAUCUCAAGUUGGUGCAUACAUUUUGAUGAAAAUGAAAGAAACAGCAGAAAGUUAUUUGGGUACAACUGUUCACAAUGCUGUUGUCACAGUUCCAGCAUAUUUCAAUGAUUCUCAGAGACAGGCAACGAAAGAUGCUGGUAAAAUUGCUGGUUUGAAUGUAUUGCGUGUCAUUAACGAGCCUACUGCGGCAGCUCUAUCUUAUGGACUUGAUAAAGCGGAAGAUAAAAUCAUCGCUGUAUAUGAUUUGGGUGGAGGUACUUUCGACAUAUCAGUUCUUGAAAUCCAAAAAGGGGUUUUCGAAGUGAAGUCGACUAAUGGUGAUACAUUCCUUGGUGGUGAAGAUUUUGAUAAUGCAUUGGUUCAUUAUCUGGCAGCUGAGUUUAAGAAAGAUUCCGGCGUUGACAUUCAUAAAGAUCCAAUGGCAAUGCAACGUUUGCGAGAAGCUGCUGAAAAAGCAAAGUGCGAAUUGUCAUCAACAACACAAACCGAUAUAAACCUGCCUUAUUUGACUAUGGAUGCUUCUGGCCCGAAACACAUGAAUUUGAAAUUAACGCGCGCUAAAUUUGAACAACUUGUAGCUGAUCUCAUAAAGCGAACUAUCGAGCCCUGUCGUAAAGCUAUGCAUGAUGCAGAGGUUAAACCAUCCGAAAUCAAAGAGAUUUUACUUGUUGGAGGAAUGACAAGAAUGCCAAAAGUUCAACAAACAGUGCACGAAGUGUUUGGUAAGCAACCGUCAAAAGCAGUGAACCCUGAUGAGGCAGUGGCGAUAGGAGCGGCGAUUCAAGGUGCGGUGCUGGCAGGCGAUGUGACGGAUGUUCUUCUCCUCGAUGUCACACCACUGUCGUUGGGUAUUGAAACACUGGGUGGAGUAAUGACCAAACUUAUUCAGCGCAAUACAACUAUUCCUACGAAGAAAAGUCAGGUAUUCUCUACUGCAGCAGAUGGUCAAACACAAGUGGAAAUUAAAGUUUACCAAGGAGAACGUGAUAUGGCAACCAAUAACAAACUUUUAGGACAAUUUUCAUUGGUUGGAAUACCUCCAGCUCCACGUGGUGUGCCACAAAUCGAGGUUACUUUUGAUAUAGAUGCAAAUGGUAUUGUUAACGUAUCAGCAAGAGAUCGAGGAACCGGCAAGGAACAGCAAAUUGUGAUUCGCUCUUCUGGUGGAUUAUCAAAGGAUCAGAUUGAAAACAUGAUUCGUGAAGCAGAAAAGAAUGCUGCUGCGGAUGCGGAAAGAAAAGAGAAGGUUGAAGUUUGUAAUCAGGCGGAAAGCGUUAUUCAAGAUACCGAUUCUAAAUUAACCGAAUUCAAAGAUCAAGUGGAUACGAAAGAGGCUGAAGCAAUUCGCAAUAAACUUGGUGAACUGAGGCAGCUCUUGGCAAAUAGAGAUAACGAAACAACAGCCAACAUACGUGAAGCAAUCGGUUCACUGCAACAGCAAUCAUUGAAACUAUUUGAAGCCGUCUACAAGAAAAUGGCAGCAGAAAAUACGCAGUCCUCCAGUGGAGCGCAAGAAGCUCAGACAGCAGAAGAGCCCAAAAAAGAAGAAAGCAAGUAA